AUGAGGGAAAUCGUACACAUUCAAGUUGGUCAGGCUGGCAACAACAUAGGCAGUAAAUUCUGGGAGGUAAUAUCAGAUGAGCACGGCAUUGACCCCACAGGAAGCUUCCAUGGAGACUCCGAUCUGCAGCUGGAGAGAAUCAACGUGUAUUACAAUGAGGCGACGGGGAACAGGUUUGUGCCUCGCGCCGUCUGCGUGGACCUGGAGCACAGCACCAUGGACACGCUGCGAUCGGGACCGUUCGGAAGACUCUUCAGGCCAGAUAAUUUCAUCUUUGGAGAACAGGGUGCUGGGAAUAACUAUGCCAAAGGGAGGUAUACCGAAGGGGCAGAACUAGCUGAUGUUGUCCUUGACACGGUUAGGAGAGAGGCCGAAGGAUGUGAUCUCUUGCAGGGCUUCCAAGUGGUCCAUUCAAUCGGCGGCGGUACCGGCUCCGGAAUGGCUUGCCUACUACUGGAGAAAAUAAGGGAGGAAUAUCCGGACAGGAUCAUCAGUACGUUCACGGUCAUACCUAGCCCAAAAGUAUCCGAUACCGUCGUAGAACCCUACAACGCCACGAUGGCCAUCGCAUCGCUCAUCGAGAGCUCGGACGAGACAUAUAUAAUCGACAAUGAGGCCCUGCACGAUAUCUGCUACAGAACACUGAAAUUGGCGUCUCCAUCAUACGGCGAUUUGAAUCAUCUCAUUUCCGCUGUAAUGGCUGGAGUUACGACCUGUAUAAGAUUUCCCGGUCAAUUAAAUGCAGAUUUAAGAAAAAUUUUGGUUAAUAUGGUGCCUUUUCCCAGAUUACACUUCUUCAUCCCCGGAUUUGCACCCCUAACGUCAAGGGGCGACAGAAUCUACCGAAACUAUACCGUUCCCGAACUGGUUCAGCAACUGUUCGACGCCAAGAAUCUAAUGGCGGCCUGCGACCCCAGGAGGGGGAAAUACCUGACGGUGGCGUCCAUCUUUCGUGGCAGGAUGUCGACGAGGGAAGUGGACGAGCAAAUGGUAAACGUCCAAGACAAGAAUAGUAGUUAUUUCGUCGAGUGGAUCCCCAACAACGUCAAGACGGCAGUUUGCGACAUCCCCCCGAGGGGUCUGAAGAUGUGCGCCACGUUCAUAGGAAACAACACCGCCAUACAGGAGUUGUUUAAGAGAAUAGGUGAGGCUUUUUCGGCCAUGUUUCGAAGAAAAGCCUUCCUGCAUUGGUAUACUGGCGAAGGUAUGGAAGAGCAGGAAUUUAGAGAAGGUGAAUCCAACAUGAUCGAUCUCAUAUCGGAAUACCAACAGUACGAACAAGCCAGGGCCGACGACGAUAUGACUGAUGAUGAAUAUGAAUAA